UGCCUCCCAUUGGGUCCCACUGGGUGCCAUUGGUUCCCACUGAUUCUCUUCUCACUCUCUCUCUGCUGUCACCGCAGGCCCAGGUGGUGGCCAACAACGACGAGAAGAGGAGCUUCUCUGUCACCUACGUCCCCAAAGUGGCGGGGCUGCACAAGGUGACGGUGCUGUUUGGGGGGCAGAACAUCUCCGGGAGCCCCUUUGGGGUGAACGUGGCGAUGGCGCACGGCGAUGCCAGCAAAGUGUCGGCGCGCGGCCCCGGCAUCGAGCCCAGCGGCAACGUGGCCACCAAGGCCACCUACUUCGACAUCUACACUGCAGGUGGGCGCGGCGCCUCGG